AUGCCAAAAUUAUCAAAACGUCGUUCUCACGCUCGUAGUAUUAAUCGUGGGAUGCUCCGUUUACUUGAUAAAGAUGUUCGGCGUGAGGUAGAAAGUUCUACGGAUUCAGAUGAAGAAGAAAUGAGAUUAAAUGAUGAUUUAACUGAUACAUCACUAAAUUUCAACGAUAAAGUAACAUUAAAUGACAUAUCCGAUAUUUUCGAAUUAUGUCAAAAUAAAUGCAAUUUAAAAUUUAUUAGUGUUUUAUUAUAUAUGACUUUAAGACAUUUUGACAUUACAUGGCGGGAUUGUGACUUAUUUUUAAAAGAAGUAAGUGCAUUAACAAGUAAAACAUGUCAUAAAUGGAUUGAGAUUUUUACAUCAGGAGAUUUUAAUCAGUUUUGUACAGAUAAUCGUGGCGGAAAGCGUGGUGAAGAAUUCUAUGAUACAUUUCCUGAAAUUGAAUUAGCAGCUAAAUCAUUUUCAAUUGAACGUUGCGCUAAUAAAUCAGCUGAUUUUACUGCAAUGGAUUUAGCUAUUUUUGUUGAUCAAAAAUAUCACGAGUUAACAAAUACAAUUAAAGAUAGCAAUUCUAACCUUAUUCGGUCUAAAAAAUCCUGUCGGUUAGAUCUUCGUCGAUGGGGUGCGUGCUUUGAGUUAAACUCAAAGAGACCAUAUUUCCAAGGUCAUGAAAGGACAGAUGUUGUUUAUGAUCGUCAAAUUUUUGUUAAAUAUUUUCUCGAUCACAAGGAUCAGUAUUACACAAUAUCCGAUGGCGAAAAUCCGUUAUGGAAAAAUCCCACUAAAAAUCCACCUUCUAUAUUAAUAUUUCAUGAUGAAAGAACCUUUCGUUCAGGAGAAGUUUCGGCGAAACGAUGGUUAUUUGCUGAUCAAGCACCAUUUUUUUCAAAAGGACGAGGAAGAUCCGUAAUGAUCAGUGAUUAUUUAGUAAUGCACCCGUCAGGUCCUUUCUUUACACUAGAUAACAGGGAAUACAAUCGAGCAUUACAGGAAUUUCCUGAAUUAGCUAAUGAUAAUGAUAUUAAUUAUAUUGAAAAGUCUGCUACAGGAUUUAUUGAUGUCGGUUAUGAUACAUAUUUUGAUAACUUUACAAUUCUUGCUCAGUUUGAACGUUUGUUUAAACUAAUACAAUUUAAAGAAUCAUUUAAAAAUCACAAAAUUGAGAUUAUUGUCGACAAUGCUAGAACGCAUACAGCAAAAGCUUAUUUCUUACUUGAUUUCGGAAAAUCCAUCGGAACGCGUUGUCCAAUUGAUAAAAUAGAAUAUUUUGAUCAACAAGGUGUAAAACGUAUUGUAGAUUGCUUUUUCAAAACAGGUCCAUACAAAGGUUUAAGUAAGGGUUUAAUCGAAAUAAGCAAAGAUCUUAAUGUUAAAUUACCACUGACUUUAAAACUUCAACAAUUAAGAAAUAUUUUAUCUCAUCAUCCAGCAUUUAAAAUUGUACGUUCAAUUGAAUAA